AUGUUGAGGUUGAAAUUUUGGGGUUGUCUCAUUGCUCUGGCUUGUUCUUGGUUCUUCCUAGUUGCAGUGGCACAAGUUACAAAUCCUUCUGAAGUUGAUGCAUUGAGGGCAGUGAAGGGUAGUUUGAUUGAUCCCAUGAAGCAUUUGAGGAAUUGGGGACAAAGGGGAUCCAUGUAUAGCGAAUUGGACCGGAGUUUUGUGUUUCGGUGAUGUUGGGACUGAUGGAUACUUGCAUGUCCGGGAGCUGCAACUGCUGAGUAUGAAUCUCUCAGGAAGCUUAGCACCAGAGCUUGGCAAACUAUCUCAACUUCUGAUAUUAGAUUUCAUGUGGAAUGACUUAAGUGGGACUAUACCGAAGGAGAUAGGAAACAUUAUGUCCUUGAAACUCUUGCUCUUGAAUGGAAACAGACUAUCAGGUUCCUUGCCUGAUGAGCUUGGUUAUCUUGAAAAUCUAAAUAGACUACAAGUUGACGAGAACCAUCUUUCUGGUCCAGUACCAAAAUCAUUUGUUAACUUGCGCAGCUUAAAACACCUCCACUUGAAUAACAACUCCUUCAGUGGCCAAAUUCCAUCUGAGAUUUCUGGAAUACCCACUCUUCUUCAUGUGCUCUUGGAUAAUAAUAACUUAUCUGGAUAUCUUCCACCAGAAUUCUCCAACAUUUCAGGGUUGCGCAUACUUCAACUCGAUAACAACAACUUCAUGGGAACUGAGAUUCCAGCUACCUAUGGAAACCUUUCCGGAUUGGCAAAGUUAAGUCUCAGAAACUGCAGUUUGCAGGGAACAAUUCCUGAUCUUAGCCAGAUACCUAACCUCAGUUAUCUAGAUCUAAGCUGGAAUCAGCUUGCUGGACCAAUAGCAUCACAUAGACUUUCUGACAAUAUGACAACAAUUGAUCUGUCAGAAAACCAUCUUAACGGAUCUAUUCCUGAAAGUUUCUCCAAUCUUCCUCAUCUUCAGAAAUUGUCGCUCGAGAAUAAUUUGUUGAAUGGUUCUGUCCCUGCUGUGUGGAGGAACAUAUCUUUUAGUUCAAGAGCUAGACUUUCAUUUGAUCUCCGGAAUAAUUCACUCUCUAACAUAUUAGGAGAGCUGAAUCCUCCAGCAAAUGUCACCUUGAGGCUUGAAGGAAAUCCUAUUUGCAAGAAUGCUAGCAUAGAAAAUAUAAUCCCGUUCUGUCAAUCUGAAGUGAGAGAUGGCAUCCCUGAAGAUUCAAUAAAUUCGACUCAACAGAUGAACUGCCCUAUUCAAGCAUGUCCAGUGGAUGAUUUCUAUGAAUAUGUUCCAUCUUCCCCGGUGCCAUGCUAUUGUGCAUCACCUAUUAUAAUUGAAUAUCGUCUCAAAAGCCCAAGCUUUUCUUAUUUUCCUCCAUAUAUACAGCAGUUUGAAGAAUAUUUAACUAGUUAUCUCAAAUUGGAGAUUUAUCAGUUAUCAAUAAGUUCCUUUGUGUGGGAAAAGGGUCAUCGCUUACGGAUGCAGUUGAAGUUCUUCCCUGUGUAUGGUGCUUCACACUCAUAUACAUUUAACGAAAGUGAGGUUCUGCGGAUUAGAGGCAUCUUUACAGCAUGGCUAUUUCCUCAAAAUGAUUUCUUUGGACCUUAUGAGCUACUCAAGUUCAAUCUGCUGGGACCUUAUUCAAAUAUGAUUGUUAAGAGACAAAGGAUGGUCAUCAGUAAGGGUGUAUUAGCAGCUGUUAUAAUAGGGGCCAUUGCUUCGGUUGUCAGUGUAUCUGCAACAGUCAUGCUAUUGUUCACAAGAUGCCGCAGAAACAGAUACCCACCACCUUCAAGGAGACACUCAUCGUCGAAGAUUUCUAUGAGAAUUGAAGGUGUAAAGUCUUUCACUUUCAAAGAAAUGACGCUAGCCACCAGGAACUUUGAUAGUUCAACUCAACUUGGACGAGGAGGUUAUGGGAAAGUUUACAAAGGUAUCUUAUCUGAUAACACAAUUGUAGCCAUAAAACGUGCAGAAGAAGGAUCCCUACAGGGUGAAAAAGAAUUCUUGACUGAGAUAGAAUUGUUAUCAAGGCUACACCAUCGAAACUUAGUCUCGUUGGUAGGAUACUGUGAAGAAGAAGAGGAGCAGGUGUUGGUUUAUGAGUUCAUGCCUAAUGGUACCUUACGUGACUGGCUUUCUGAUAAAAUCAAGGGAAGCCUGGACUUCAGUAUGAGGUUACGUAUUGCAUUGGGUUCAGCCAAAGGAAUUCUUUAUCUCCAUACCGAGGCGAAUCCUCCUAUAUUUCACCGAGAUAUUAAAGCCACCAACAUACUUUUGGACUCCAACUAUACUGCUAAGGUGGCUGAUUUUGGACUCUCACGACUUGCUCCUGUCCAGGAUGAUGAAGGGACUGGCCCUGGAUACGUAUCUACAGUUGUGAGAGGAACACCGGGCUACCUGGAUCCAGAGUAUUUCUUGACCAGUAAGUUAACAGACAAAAGCGAUGUGUAUAGCCUUGGAAUUGUGUUUCUGGAGCUCUUGACUGGUGUGCUGCCAAUAUCACAUGGCAAAAACAUUGUUCGGGAGGUGAAUAUGGCUCAUCAGUCGGGCUUAAUGUUCUCCAUUAUAGAUACCAGAAUGGGUUCAUAUCCAUCUGAAUGUGUCGAGAGGUUUGUAGCUUUGGCCCUCAGAUGUUGCCAAGAAAAACAAGACGACCGGCCAUCAAUGUUAGAUGUGGUGAGGGAGCUUGAAAACAUCAUCAAAAUUAUGCCGGGAGCUGAUACAAUAUUCUCACCAUCUGGUUCCUCAUACAAUGAAAAAUCACCAACUUCUUCUUCGACUUUUACUGGGGACCCGUAUAUGUGCUCCUCCAGUGUACAAGGAAGUGAUCUAAACAGUGGUGUGGUCCCUACUAUCUUGCCUCGAUGACAGCCUCAGGAGUUCAUUUACGUCAGUGUAAAAUUUCUCGGUUUUUGUCAUCAAAAUGGUAAAUAAUAGGGAGAGGUACAUAGAUAGUGUAUGUAAUCUUAUUCGUUUAACAGAACAAUUGAACAAAGAUAGUGAUUUCACCAUUGAAAUUAGGGAAACUCGUCUGAAUGGUAUCUCAACUUUUACUUUUUAUAAACUUUGGUAUUUCAAGUUUCG